AUGAGCGCAGGCUCGAGCUUCAGUGUACUGUAUGCGUUGGGCGUGGUGUACUCGUACGUCCUGGGCAUGUGGCUACCGUGGCAGCAACUCGCUGUGGCGUGCCUGGGUCCUUCUGUGGCGUGCACGUCGCUGUUACCCUUCUUUCCUGAGUCCCCGACUUUCCAUUUACUCAAAAAUAGAACAGACAAAGCAAAAGCAGCGCUUCAAAGAUUCCGAGGCCGUGACGUUGACAUAGAAGAAGAGUUUGGGAAGCUGCAGCAAUUCGUCCAGUCAAACGCGACACAAAAUCGAUCGUGGUCACUUAUCACACAAGCAACUGUGUACAAACCCCUGCUUAUUGUCGGCUUGGCCUUCGUGGCACGAACAUUUACAGGCAUAACUGGCAUCGAGUCCCACAGUAGCCUCUUUCUUAAGGCGGCCAAAGGAGCGCUGCCAGACCAGUUGGGGGCGACGGUGUUCGUCCUGUGCUCCACAGUCUCUUGUUUCUUCGUCAAAUUUAUCAUGGACUCGGUCGGGAGGCGCCCCCUGCUGAUCGCUUCUGCGUCCGGCGUUAGCUUAUGUCUAG